AUACAGUUCUAUCAUUUUAGAGGCUCACGUUGAGCGGCUAACAUCGUUUUUCGGCUUCAAAAUUUAAAACGAAAUUAAAUUGUAUGUAAUCUACGAAAUUUUACUGAUUUUUUAAAUAUUAUAUUCUAAAUCUAAGACAAUGGUCGCCUUUUAGAUUAUUUAUAUUUUGGGUAAUGUUUCGACCCCAUUUUCGGCCUCCAAAUUAUUUUAUAUAUGAAUUUUCUUCGAGACGCUGUGUUUUUUGUUUAUUUUUCUAAUGGCGGUGCUCAAUAAUCUUAAGAAACAUUCCGGUAGCAAUGAGGAGCCCGAAACCUUUGUCGGGUUUUGCAAAGUAAUUGUGCAGGAGCUACUCAUAUUUUUGAUAUGUUUUUCGAUGUCGGCUCUGGUUUUCGUACUGUUCUUCUCGGCGUUCAAUGGCUUGACUGCUAAGAACCUUACGCGUCGACCGCACUCGUACGGAAACUGUUUGUGGCCCGAGGAAUGGUGCCGCGUCUUCAACAAAAAGGGUGGCCUGGGACAGAUGCAGAGCUAUCGCACCGACCAACAGUCGCUUUCGAAAGCUAGCGGCGAUCAGAAAAAGAUUGCUCCGUGUCAGUGCCAUUGGCCCCCAGCUUGGUGUCGCGUACUCUACAACUGCGAAAAAGUCUCGCAAGAUAUCAGACGGCCUACGCAAAGUCCCGAACAGACAGAGGAGUUCAUGUUACACGAAGUCCAGUUGCCAACGGCAAGGCCUGUACAUGGAGAAUCCACUACGGGGGUAAACGAUUAACUGGAUAAUCUCUCGGAACAUACUAGCGUAAAAGACCUAUAUAUUUUUUCUGGAACUUUUUCGAACACUCAAAUUGCGUUUAGCUCAACACGAUAUUUUGUCAUUCAAAUUCAGCAAGUUUGAUUUAUUCAAUGGAUGCAUCCAUAACAAUAACUGAACCGUCGGGUCGUUCCUGAUUUGUUUAUCUAUAUGUAAUAUAUAUGCCACCGGGCAAAUGUCUCGUCAAGAUCCCGGGUCAAUUUGGACAUGAAUCCCCCUUACAACAUUUUCUAGCAACAUUCCAAUUUCCAAACUAUGAGACAAGCUUCAGGCAACUCUCAAAUGGUAUAGCUUUAUCUGACACACAUCGUACAAUCUAUUUAAUAGAUUUCAUGACUGCCUAAGAUGCACAAUCUUAGCGAAAUGGAUAUCGAAAAAUCAAUGUUGCCUAUUUUCUAGGCACAGCUGUAAUAUUCUUGUUUGGCAAUCGAAACGCAAAUAUUAAAUAAAGUGAUCAAUUUUACAUGAAACUCUCAAA